AUGGUCGCCCUCGCCACCGCCUUGCGCAGCCCAGCGACGGCAGCCAGACCGACCAACCCUUCCAAGAUGAUCCCGGUGUCUUCCCCAGUAUCCAUCUUGAAGACACCUAAAAAAGAUAGUACCACCCCUAGGCUGAAACACAGAAUGGAAGAGAUGGAUCUCUCGCUAUCAUCGUCGUCCGUUUCUUCUGAACCGGACUCGACCCCGAGUCCCCGGAAACGGGCCCGAGUGCAGUUUGAGAAGGAAGUGCAGACGCGUGAGGUUUCUUGCGAAUUAAUGGAGGCAGGAAGUGCUGGAACGCAGGAGAAGAGUGCGGCCGUGGUGCGGGAAGAGGUGCGCAGGGCCAUUCAACGUCAUGUCUCUGGGAGUGGUAGCGAGGCGUAUGACCGGAUCAAGGAACUCUUCUCUGCGGAUCCGCGACGCCGAGACGAGGAUGGCGAGUUUUCCUUGGAUGUACCUACACAUACGACGCUAAGACAUCACCUCCUGGGACUGAUGUCAAAUGUGUCAUCUUUGGACCGCAGCUGCAAUGGGCUAGUGAAUGCGGUAUUGAAAAGCGAGUGGCUCGGGCGCGAUGAAUCGUACGUCAAGCUGUAUAUUCGCUUCUUAGGUAAUCUUGCGGCGGCCCAGGGUGGUAAUCUGGGACCGGUGCUCAAGAUGCUCGUCAAUUACAUGGGCGAGCUGCCCAGUGGCAUCGGCAAACUGCCUGGCUACCCCCCCAUACAUGGACUGGAGAUAUACACGCGAAUACAUAUGGCUCUGCGACAUGUGAUCGGGCUAAUUCCUUCUGGUAGCGGAACGUUAUCACCGAUCCUCUCUGUCCAAUUCCCCUCUGACUCAGACUCGGCCAAGGCGAAUAUCGCAUACACGCGGAACCUGAUCCGAGUGAUCGGGUACGCUCCGGAGCUGCAAGCCGAUAUCCUCGCUCUCAUUACCGAGAAGCUUGUCAAGAUCGAUGUUCAGAUCCAGGUCGACCUGGAGGAUAUCGAGGACGAAGACGAGGAAGGGGUUCUGCAGGAAGUCUCCCCCGAGGCUACCAUGUUCGCGGACGAGGAAGAUGACGAUGACAAUGCGUCAGUCAUGAGCGACGAGUCGCUUGACGGUGAGUCGCAACGGAUCAAGACGAUCAAGGACAACAUCCUGAAGUUGGACGGCAUGAUCGAUUCCCUCUUUGAGUACUAUGCACCUCCAUUCACGACGGGCACGAUCGACGACAAGGAGAACGCGCUGGAUCUUUUACUCAGUCAUUUCCAGACCAUUAUCCUCCCCACCUACCGGUCGCGACACACGCAGUUCCUUCUCUUCCAUUUCUCCCAGACGUCUCCGAUCCUGGUGGACCGGUUUGCCGCUACGUGCGUCCAACUUAUCUUCAACAAGAUGCAGCCAGCGGUCACGCGACAGUCUGCCGCGGCCUACCUGGCGAGCUUUGUUGCGCGGGGCGCUCAUGUCUCGGGGGAAGUCGUGCGGGAUGUGUUCGAUCUGCUGGGUACGCAUCUGAACAACCUCCGGGUCGACUACGAGGCGACGUGCCGCGGCCCAGAUCUGCGUCGGUACGGACCGUUCUACUCGACGGCGCAGGCGUUGCUGUACAUCUUCUGCUUCCGCUGGCGGGACCUGACGGCGGCGGCGGUGGAGGGUGACAACCCCGACCAGGUGGAUGAACUCGAACCGGAAGACAUCACCUUCCCGCCCAUGGUCAAGGAGGUGCUGCACCAGGCGAUCCUCUCCAAACUCAACCCGCUUAAGGUGUGCUCGCCGGCGAUCGUGUCGGAGUUUGCACGCAUGUCACAGCACCUGAACUUCAUGUACGUGUUCAGCAUCCUCGAGACCAACAAGCGGGUGCGUAUGUCGUCGUACCGCAGCCUCUCGGCGUUGGCCGACCCUCGCUUCAGCCAAGUCGAACGGGAGACGCGAGCGGGGGAGGAUCUCGGGUACCAGCUGGACGCAUACUUCCCGUUUGAUCCGUACCAGCUGCCUCGUAGCCGUCGCUGGCUGGAGGGCGACUACGUCAUAUGGCGGGGGAUUCCCGGACUGGACGACCACGAAGACUCAAACAGUGAGGCGGAUGAGACCGGUUCAGAGGACGGGUUGAGCGAUGGGACUGAAACGGAUGAGGAAUGA